CUCACAAAGAGGAUUGGAAGAAACAUGCUUUAACAUGCAUUGAAACGAUCCACGUUCCUACGUUCGAGUCGCACCGCGAUAUUCGCCAGCGAGCGAACACAGUGACGACAUUGAACGUCAGAGACACGGACCGUAUCGCUGGCGACAAGGACGUGGCAGAGUGUCUCGUCGUUUCUACGAAGAAUAGGAACGCGCGUUUCCGACCCUCCAUGGACCACGGAGCGAUGGACAGCUCUUCCGAUCACAGCAGCCGUGCCAGUCCCGUAACCGGCAGCCCGAAACAUCCGCACAGCCCGUCGACGCAGCAGAGUCAGCAACAGCAACUCCACGGCAGUCAGCAUCAACCGCCGCCGUCCCAUCAGUCGCACGGGCGCGAUCAGAUCCGCGAUCAUCAGCAACAACAUCGCGGAGUGCCGACACCGGGAUCGCCCACGAGAGGUUCGCCACCUCAAGGUCUUCCUCUGAGUCCACCGCCCUUGUCAGCCGGGGGUGGACCCGGGGCACCGCCCGGAAUGGUUCCUCGUAUGCCAGGAUUACCGCCACCGGGACUGGGACUAUUGGGCCAGCUCGGUGGGAUGCUGAGCGGUCAUCAUGGUUCACCGUUGGAGCUGAUGGCUGCUCAUCACGCUGUCCUACCGCCGAGAUCCUACAACAGUCCUCCGCCGAUCAGUACGAGCGAUCCUACCGCCAACGAGUGCAAAUUGGUAGAUUAUCGCGGUCAGAAAGUUGCGGCGUUCAUUAUCGCCGGCGACACGAUGCUCUGCCUGCCGCAGGCCUUCGAGCUGUUUCUCAAACAUCUCGUGGGCGGCCUUCACACAGUCUACACCAAGCUCAAGCGGCUGGAUAUCGUGCCGUUGGUGUGUAAUGUCGAGCAAGUUAGAAUCUUACGCGGCCUCGGAGCCAUCCAACCCGGCGUCAAUCGGUGCAAGCUGCUCAGCUGCAAGGACUUCGACGUUCUUUACAGGGACUGCACCACGGCCAGAUCAACUUGGUAUUCUUCAGCUCCGUCGUUGCGCAUUACAUCGUACCGCUCCAGGCCAGGAAGACCCCCAAAGCGAGCUUCCGUUGGACUGAGCCUCGCGGCCAGCCACCUAGCUGCGGCGGCCGGCCAUCAUCCUCAGCAUUCCCUGAAGAAGCACAGGAUGGACAACGGCGAUUAUUACGAGAACGGACACCUCGACGUACCGAGGAUGGAGAAGUCACCGCUUCUGGCGAACGGAUACAAUCACCCACCCACGCACCUGAGCCACAUGCAGUUCAUGCAACUCGGCGGGCACCCAGGUGCGGGACACACCGCCAUCCUGUCACCGGCCAGUCUGCCGCAUCACCUGCAGGCGCAGGCGCAGGCUCGGGCCGAACAAGGUCUCAAGGUCAAUCCGAAUAUGAACAUGGAAGCCCUCGCGAGGUCCGGGACGGUUUGGGAAAACUGCCGAGCUGCCUACGAAGACAUUGUCAAACAUCUCGAAAGGCUCCGCGAGGAGAGAAACGACACCGAGAGAGCGCUGGCUUUGGACCACAAACCCAGGGACCUCAGCUCGCACAAUGGCUCCUCAAACGGUCACAGCCCGGUUCUAAAUCUCUCCAAAACAGCGGGAAGCGGAAGCGUGGGCGAGCAAUCCGGAAGCGAGGCGGGCGCGUCGCACCAUUCUCAAGACGACGAGGAGGAGGACGAUAAUCUAUCGGAGGACCUCGACGAUGACAACGAAAAGGACGAAGAUUUGUCAGACGUGCCGGAGAAUCUGCCGUUGCCGGCACCGGGCUCGGAAAGUCCACCCCAGGCCCUCAACUACUCGCAGAUAGCCUCGGCGGCGGUCGCCGUGUCUCAGAGCGCCCAGGAUCCCUCGGUCUCGAGUACGGAGACCCUGCUGAGGAAUAUCCAGGGCCUGCUCAAGGUCGCGGCCGACAACGCGAGGCAGCAGGAGAGGCAAAUCAACUACGAGAAAGCCGAGUUGAAAAUGGACGUUCUACGGGAACGGGAGGUCAAGGACAGUCUGGAGCGGCAGUUGCAAGACGAGCAGAAGGUGCGAGUGGUUUAUCAGAAACGGCUAAAGAAGGAGCGAAGAGCGAGGAAACGGUUGCAGGAUCAAUUGGAUCUGGAGGUCAAGAGGCGCACGCAAUUGGAAGAGGCUCUCAAAGCUACGGGAGCGUCCUCGGAACAAGUGAGAGCGAUCACCGAAAACGUCACGGCGGAGGCGCGCACGAGUUCGGAAGCGCCGGAAGGGAGCCCGGUGCAUUCCCAGUCGCAACAGCAGCCCUCGCAGCAACAGCCGUCGCAGCAACCCCAUCAGCAGCAGCAAGCAGCGGCCCAGCAGUACCGGGAGGCGCAAGUGCCGCGUCCGUCUCAGCAGCCGUCGACGCCGGAGAAGCCCGCAUGGGGAUACGGGUUGGAUCUCAUCGGUAGCCAGGCGUCGGCUUUCUGGCAAAAUUACCAAGAAUCGCUGGUACAGGAACUCGAGCUGGAGAGAAAAUCGCGGCAGCACCAAGCGGCCGAGAGGGACCAAGUCAAGUCUCCUCUUCAAGAAUCGCGAACGGGUUACUACAAGAACUCCGUUCUGUUCACGAGCGCGACCUAGAAGAGGCCGGACGAGGGCAGGCGAGGGCAGCAGGCAGAGCGUGCAGCGAGCAGCCGAAGCGAGUGAUCGA